AUGAAUAACCCGGAAGUCUCUGUGAACAUUCAUACGUGCCAGAGUGUGUUCAUUCGGACUCUCCAGGCGCCUGAACUCUGCGGAAGUUCAUUUCAAAGGAAACGAAACUCAGAGUUCGGUUCUCUCUCUCUCUCUCUCUCUCUCUCUCUCUCUCUCUCUCUCUCUCUCUCUCUCUCUCUCUGUCAGUGUGUGAGUUCAGGAAAAUGGCUGAGGCCAGUAGAUCAGGAUCAGUUCAUCUGUCCAGUUUGUCUGGAUCUACUGAAGGAUCCGGUGGCGAUCCCCUGUGGUCACAGUUACUGUAAGGUGUGUAUUAAUGACUGCUGGGAUCAGGAAGAUGAAAAUGGAGUGUAUCGCUGUCCUCAGUGCAGAGACACUUUCACUCCGAGGCCUGUUCUACGCAGAAACAACAUGCUGGCUGAAGUGGUGGAGAAACUGAAGAAGACUGAAGUCCAAGCUGCUUCUCCUGCUCACUGUUACGCUGGACCUGGAGAUGUGGAGUGUGAUUUCUGCACCGGGAGAAAACACAAAGCCGUCAAGUCCUGUCUGAUGUGUCUGGCCUCCUUUUGUGAAACUCAUCUGAAACCUCACUAUGAAGUUCCUUCCUGGAAAAAGCACAAGUUAGUCGAAGCUUCUGGAAAUCUACAAGAGAAGAUCUGCUCUGAGCAUGAUAAAGUGCUGGAGAUCUACUGUCGUACUGACCAAAGCUUCAUCUGUUUUCUUUGUAUGACGGAUGAUCACAAAAGCCACGACACCGUCUCAGUUAAAGCGUACAGAACUGAAAAACAGAGUGAGUUAAAGGAGGAGCAGAUGAAAUCCCAGCAGAGAAUCCAGGAGAAGCAGAAGAAGGUGCAGGAGCUGAAACAGGCUGUGAACACUAUAAAGCUCAGUGCACAGACAGCAGUGGAGGACAGUGAGAGGAUCUUUACUGAGAUGAUCAGCUCCAUGGAGAAAAGGCGCUCGGAGGUGACGGAGCUGAUCAGAGCUCAGGAGAAGGCUGAACUGAGUCGAGCUGAACGACUCCUGGAGCAACUGGAGCAGGAGAUCGCUGAUCUUCAGAGGAGAGUCACUGAGCUGGAGCAGCUUUCACACACACACGAUCACCUCCACUUCCUCCAGGAAAUAAAGGUUUUAGUCUCCGGCCGUCGCUCGCCCGAAAUGAUUAGACCAGGUUUUCAGUCUGAUCUCCGUGAGGACUCACGCAGCAUCGCUGUCAAUCAACAUCUCUCAUUUGAUGGAGUGAGGGAAUCUCUCUCUGCUCUGAAAAAGAGACUCGAGGAAUUCUGCCAGGAGGAAUUCAUCAGAAUCCCUGAACACGCUGCAGCAGUUCACAUCAUUUUACCCCCAGAACCAAAGAGCAGACAAGAUUUUCUGCAGUAUUUCUGUGAUCUGACUCUGGAUCCCAACACAGUAAAUUAUUACCUCAUUCUGUCUGAGAGGAACAGAGCGGUGACGUACAGUGAGAGAAAGCAGCAGUACUCUGAUCAUCCAGAGAGAUUUGACUCCUACAGUCAGGUGUUGAGUAAGGAGAGUGUGUGUGGACGCUGUUACUGGGAGGUGGAGUGGAGCGGUGCUGUGUUCAUAUCAGUCUCAUAUAAAGACAUCAGCAGGAAAGGACGGGGUAAAGAGUGUGUGUUUGGACGCAACAAUCAGUCCUGGAGUCUGUGGUGUUCUUUUUCUUCUUCUCUCUUUUUCUGUCACAACAACAUUGAGACUGAUCUCGGAGUUCCAUCGUCCUCCAGAAUAGGAGUGUAUGUGGAUCACAGUGCAGGAACUCUGUCCUUCUACAGCGUCUCUGACACGAUGAAGCUCCUCCACAGAGUCCACACCACAUUCACUCAGCCUCUAUACACUGGAUUCAGGCUGCCGUAUCGUGGAUCAACUGUGAGAUUACGUGAUCCAGAAUAAAAUAUCAGAAAUGUGAUUUUAUUGAAUUAAAAUGAGCAACUUUACUUUUUUAUAUCAAGCUUAAUUCCAAUGUAAUAUGAGGCAUUUAUUUGUGAUUUCCCAGUUUUCCUUUAUAACAUUAGAUCUUUCUUUCAGUAGAUUUUAAUGUUAUACAGUAGUGCUUGAAAGUUUGUGAACCCUGUAGAAUUUUCUGUAUAUCUGCAUAAGACCUAAAACAUCAUCAGAUUUACACAAGUCCUAAAACAAGAAACUAUUACACUUGGUCAUUUAUUUAUUGAGGAAAAUGAUCCAAUAUUACAUAUCUGUGAGUGGCAAAAUUAUGUGCACCUUUGCUGUCAGUAUGUGGUGUGAGCUCCUUGUGCAGUAAUAACUGCAGAUAAACGUUUGCGGUAACUGUUGGUCAGUCCUGCACAUCGGCUUGGAGGAAUUUUAUCCCGGUCCUCAGUACAGAACCGCUUCAACUCUGGGAUGUUGGUGGGUUUCCUCACGAACUGCUUGCUCCAGGUUCUUCCACAACAUUUCUAUUGGAUUAAGGUCAGGACUUUGACUUGGCCGUUCCAAAACAUUAACUUUAUUCUUCUUAAACCGUUCUUUAGUUGAAAGACUCGUGUGUUUAGGGUCGUUGUGUUGCUGCAUGACUGACUUUCUCUUGAGAUUCAGUUCAUGGACAGAUGUCCUGACGUUUUUCUUGAGAAUUCUCUGGAAUAAUUCAGAAUUCAUUGUUCCAUCAAUGAUGGCAAACCGUCCCGUCCCAUGUUGUGGAUAAAAAUGACAUGAAAUAAACACGAGGGAGACCUAGUAUGAGUAAUAAUUUUAAUAACCUUAUUAACCACGAGGAGCCAUGUAUAAGGGUAGCUGAGUCAAGUCGAAAGCCUUUGAUAAAUCGACAAACAGGGAAGUGCAGGAGGUACCGUGACAUUGUUUUAGGACUUUCAAAACAGCUGUUGCGAUGAUAUGUUUUUAUGACCUUAGACUUUUUUGCAAACUGAUAACGGUUCACUGAAGAGGUUUUCUAAAAGGGAUAUAGGACAGGAGGCUUUGGGAUUGGACUGUAAUGAUCUAAUAUAGUGGGAUUUCCCUGGUUUAAUAAAAAGAAAAAAAACUGAUUUCCAAAUUUCUGGUAUAACCCCGUUGUCUAAUGAAAGAUUAAGAAGAUAAGUUAAAAGAGAUGAAAUAAUAUCAGCUGCUAAGUUUAGAAAUACAAACUCCACACAAUCAGGGCCUUGUGAUUUGUUUAUAUCGAACAAUGUGUGUGCUCUGUAAACAUCAGAAGUCUUAAUAUGUUAAAAACUAAACUCCUCGUUUCGAAUGUUUAAUGGAUUUCUGCAUU